AUGACACAAAAAAUAAACCUUGAUACCGAUUUUUGUUCAUUAUUAAACACUGCUCUUAUGUUUUAUAAAUAUAAUAGAGCAGGUCGUUUACCUGAUAAUGAUGUCCCAUGGAGAGGCAAUUCUGCUUUAAAAGAUGCUAGUCCCAAUUCACAACCAGAUGAAAAUGGUGAUGGAGAUCUUUCAAAAGGUUAUUUUGAUGCUGGUGAUCACGUUAAAUUCGGAUUUCCAUUAUCUGCAGCAAUGACAAUGUUGGGUUGGGGUUAUAUUCACAGUAAAGAUGCCAUUGAAAAAUGUGGAGCUACAAAUCUUUAUAUUGAGGAUUUAAAAUGGGGAUGGGAUUGGUUAAUGGCAGCACAUAUAGAACCAAACACAUUUUGUGGUCAAGUCGGUGAGGCUAAUGCUGAUCAUGCCUAUUGGGGCCCACCAGAAUUAAUGACCAUGGAUCGUCCAACUUAUGUUAUCGAUACCAAUAGUCCAGGUACUGAAUUGGCUUUAGAGGCCUCAGCAGCUCUUGCAGUAUGUUCAAUUAUUAUGACUGAUAUCGAUAGUGACUAUGCUGCUAAAUGUCUUCAACAUUCAAAAGAUCUCAACAGCUUUGGUGAUAACUACCGUGGUGUUUACUCUAACAGUAUCCCAGAUGCACAAAACUUUUACAACUCAUUCUCUGGCUACAACGAUGAAUUGGUGUGGGGUAAUCUCUGGUUAUAUAAAGCUACCAACGACAAAACUUAUUUAGAAAAAGCCGUUCAAUACUAUAGCGAAUAUGAUGUCGGUAAAAUGGCUCAAGCAAACUCACACGAUUGGGAUCUUAAAGCACCAGGUGCAGCUCUUCUCUUAACACAAAUCUUCCCAGGUAAUGAAACCUACAUAAGAGAUAUCGAAGGAUUCUUAAAUUGGUGGUUACCAGGUGGAGGUGUUCCAUAUACUCCAGGGGGUUUAGCUUGGAUUAGAAUGUGGAGCCCAUGUCGUUAUGCUGCUACUACCUCAUUUUUAAUGUCUGUCUAUGGCGGUGAUAAAUAUACCGAUUUCACUGUUAAACAAAUCUCUUAUAUUUUAGGUAACAAUCCAAAUCAACAAUCUUUUGUUGUAGGUGUUGGAGAAAACCAUCCAAUCAAUCCACAUCAUCGUGCUGCUCAUCACUCAUUAACCAAUAACAUUAUGAACCCAGUCAACAAUACUUAUUUAAUUACUGGCUCUCUUGUUGGUGGUCCAUCUCAAGAUGAUUCAUAUAAAGAUGAUCGUACCGAUUAUGUUAGAAAUGAGGUUGCUCUAGAUUAUCAAGCUGGUUUUGUAGGUUCCCUUGCUUAUUUAGCCUCUCAACAACAACUUGCACAUUAA